GCCGGUGCUGAUCCCGGUCCUGAUCCCGGUGCUGAUCCCGGUGCCGCCAAUGCAGCGGGAGGUGGGCUCGCUGCCGCUGGCCCCCGCCCUGCGGGCCCGCCUGGCCGCCGCCGGCUUCCAGACGGCGCAGGAGCUGCUGGAGACCGGCCCCUGCGGCCUGAGCAAAGAGAUUGGGAUUUCCAAAGAAGAGGCGCUGGAAGCCCUGCAGGUGGUGAGGCAGGAAUGUCACGGGGACGCAGCAAGGACUGCCAGGGGGUCAGGCGCCACCAGAAAGUUCACAGCCCUGGAGCUUCUGGAGGAAGAGCAAGCCCAGGGCUUCAUCAUCACCUUCUGCUCAGCACUGGACAACAUUCUGGGAGGGGGUGUGCAGCUGACAAAAAUCACCGAGGUCUGCGGAGCGCCCGGCGUGGGGAAAACGCAGCUGUGUAUGCAGCUGGCAGUAGACGUGCAGAUCCCGGAGUGCUUUGGGGGCGUCGCUGGAGAAGCCGUGUUCAUUGACACCGAGGGAAGUUUCAUGGUAGACAGAGUGGUGGAUAUUGCAGCUGCCUGUGUGCAGCACUGCCAGCUCAUUGCUGAGGCUCAGCAAGAGGAAGAUCAUCUGAAAGCUUUGGAGACCUUCUCUCUUGAAAGUAUCCUUUCUCACAUAUAUUACUUCCGUUGUCGUGACUACAUAGAGCUCCUUGCCCAGGUCUACCUCCUCCCAGAAUUCCUCUCAGAGCAUUCCAAGGUCCGACUGGUGGUGAUUGAUGGAAUUGCCUUCCCUUUCCGCCACGACUUCGAGGACCUGUCCCUGCGGACGAGGCUGUUGAAUGGUCUGGCACAGCAGCUCAUCAUCGUAGCAAACGACCACAAAGCAGCAGUAGUUCUGACAAACCAAAUGGCAACAAGAAUCGGGCAAAGCCAGUCCACGUUGGUACCUGCUCUAGGAGAAAGCUGGGGACACGCUGCCACCAUCCGUUUAAUCUUUCACUGGGACAACAGUCAGAGGUUGGCAACGUUGUACAAAUCACCGAGUCAGAAGGAGGCAACAAUCCCCUAUCACAUCACAGUCAGUAUUUCAGGGUGGAGAGUCAGAGAGGGGAGCACAGUGGGAGCUGUAAAGGGACUUUCAGACACAGAGAUAAAUCUGAGAACCAUGUUUGCUUUUGUAGGGUUGCCUUCUGAAGGUAACCAGUAAUGCUGGAAUGUCUCCAGAUUUAUGAGUAUUUUGUACCUCUUCUCUUUAGAAAAGUGACCCAGCAGUUAGUCCCCUGAGUUAAAACAUUUUGAUUUCCAGAUCAAACUUACAGGCAGCCUGUCCCCAUCUGCUCUGCUGCUAGGGCUGCUUAUUUUAUCUGCCCUUGAUGUUAACUUGUGGCCUAAGUGCAGUUAGUGAGGACAAUCUGAGCCUUCAUUUGGGAGACUUGAACCAGCCAGGCUGUUUUCUCCCUUCUCAGGUAGGCUCUUCUCUUAAUCUCUUCCACUUGGGUUUAUCUUUUUAGGACCAGGAUGACCAGAACUAUUCCAGAGGUCUCAUCAGUGCCAUAUAUAUUUCCCCAUCUCUGCUUUAUGUGUGUUGCCUGAUAUAACCCAGGCUGUACUUCUCUCUUUCAUGGCUCCAUCCUACAGUGACCCUAUGCCCAGCCAAUAUAUACAGAUUUUUCUCCUCUGUCACUAUCAUAUAAGGAGCUUCCAGCUUAUGGCUGGAGACCUCAUUCACCCCUAGUUAAAUCCUGUGAUUAUUUCCUUUUGUGGAAUGCUUAGAUACAUAUUAAUGAGAAUACAUGCUGUCUAAGCUGUAUUUAGGUUUAAAAAAACCCCCACCACUCCACUCUUACAUCUUCAAAUGUCAGAUCCAUAGGUACAUGCCAUAACUAUUGGCUACGUGUCCUCAUGGAAACACGUUGCCAUAGCAUUUCCUGCAGAUUUUAAUGCUGCCAUAAGAUGAGAUCUUCAAACUUUCCAAGAGAAAUCAGAUUUUUCUUCACCCCUGGGUUUAUUCACCUGGACAGGAGAAACACUGCAAAUAUAUACUCUUAGCUCUGUGAAGACUGGAAGGGUAAGUGGGGCUACAUCCUAAGGUUGUUUGGAUCAUGUGAUGUGAGUCCUUUUUCUCCAGCUGACAAACAGAUGGAUUUUAUCUUAGACAGUUUAAUUGCCUUUUCCUUUCAGUUUUAUAUGCACCAUAAAACAGCUAUGCUCUCUUCUGUGUGAAUGUACACAGGCUUGAAAUACAGUUGAGAGUGAAUCCCAAUCAAAGAUUAGUUAAAACUUGAGAUUAUCCCUGUGUUUUUCCCCUUAAUCCUGAUGAACUGCUUCAGCAGAUGAUUCCUUUAAGUAAAAAAUGUAUUAUCCCUGUUUUUUUCAUGAAAUUCAGGGCUGAUGAUAGCAGUCUGCUGUUAUCAUUUCUCAUUCCCAUCUCUGUGGUUAAACUGGAAGACGUAAAUACAUGUGCACUGUUUCCAAGUCAGAUUUAGCACAUCUAUGUAUAACCAGCGUACAAAAAAAAGAUAAUUAAAGAAAUAAUAAAUUCCUUAAGCCUCAGAAAUGUUUAGACAUGGGCAAAUGAGGUACCAUUGACAAACUGGCUGUUCAGGGCCUGUAAGGCAAUGGAGAAAUGUUUAACCAUGACCAGGCUUUGGUUGUUUUUUAUCCGUGUCCUUUCCAACACUCUGGAGAGUCAGUCACCACUCGGGGGGCUGUGGAACACCUCUCCCAUGAAAUCCUUUCUUUCACAGGCUGAUCAGGAUUCAUUCUUAAAUGCAGAGUAUAGAAAUGUAAGUUGAUUUAUGCACAAGGGAGUAAGUGGCUCCUGCUGAUUCACCUAAAUUUCCCAGGAAUGUGACCUGAUUAUUUCAUGGUGAAAGAUAGAGACCCGGGACCUCUAUUCCGGGUAGGAACUGUCAGUGUUUCCCUGAACUGAGGAGGGUCUGCCAAGUUAGCAAUGGGAACACUGCUCAAGUAAUAAAGCCAUCUACCUCUGCCAGCCUUGCUGCAGUGUGUAGAUGCCAGAGGACAUUAGGGAACAAUUCAAAAUGACAGGAGACUGAGCUUUGUCCUUGAUUCCAGUAGCCACCUCCCCACCAUCUAAAACCCACUAACAAGCCUCAAAAAUAUGCACAAAAUUCAUGUAUUUUUGAGGGUGCCAGACAUCCAUACUAGGCAGCCCACUUUAUCAUGUUCUGGCCUUUAUAACCAUUGGAAUGCUUUUGCUGGGAGUCAGCCUGCUGGAUUAAGUGGAUUCUUGGCUACAGAUCCACCUUUGUGCCUCAGGGAAAUGGCAGAGAUUAGAUGCAAGCAGCAGUGAAACAUUAAACUUGAAGAUUCCCCAUCAGGCUCUUUAGAAUAACACUUGAGUUGCUUAUAAUAGCAGAGGGAUUGCACAGAUCCUGCCCUUGUGGCACCUCUUGCUGUUUGUUCCUUUGAAAGCCCCGGGCUGGGUGAGGUGAGGCAUUCAGAAAUAGAAGUACAGGGAUGGCAGACGUAAGCAAGACGUUUUACUUGGGUUUGGGAUUGAUCUUGGUGUGGGACACGCUGGCAUUUUGGAGGAGUCACAUGUCUGAUAGUAAUUCCGCCUGCUUUUUUCACACUGCACCAACCCAAAAUGUCGGCGUUCCUGAAAUGCUCCUGUCCCCACCUGAACAUUUUGGAUCACCAGAGCGAUUUCCUUUUCUGAUUAACCCCUUUUCCUCUCUAAGUCUGCACUGAGAGUGUCCCCUGAGCUGUCAGCAGGGCUCCCUGCACAGCAUUUGUCUGGAGAUGGGAAGACAGACAGUUGCAGGUUUUCACAACAUCUCAGUAUCUCCAUCUGCAUCCGUGACGUGUUGAACUAACUGAUUUUCCAGAUCUUUCUUAUUUUAAAAUAGUUAAAAAACAUUAAAUUGUGGAGCUGCAGUAAAAGAAAAUACAAAUGGUACUAGGUCAGAUAGAUCACUUCAAGCACUCUCCUGAGUAGCAGAGUCUAGUUUUUCACUUCUGCAUUUAGUUUUUGGCAGUUAAAGGUUUUCAUCCCGUUGUGUCCCAUAAAUUACUAUGCUGGAACAGUCUUUGCAGUCUACAGACUGAUUCAGCUCUGCUGUUCUCUUACAACGUCUCAUUGAUGUUUUCAGUUCAUUAAGUAGGUACAUGGAACAAAAAUAUCCUAGGUUGUAGGAAUUCACAGUUUUGUUUCUGAAAAUGAUGGUGGCAAUUAAUCCAGUCAUCUCCCUCCUUCUGGGGGAGCUGAUGGAUUUGUCUUUUAAUUUAUUUAAAUAGGCAACAUAAGUGAAUUUACAAAGAAGCAGUUCUUCAUAGCCAUAGGGGUGAUUAGUAGUAAAAUGAAAAUGAUAGCCUGGUUGGUGAAAAUAAAAUAUCUUCAAGGAAGAAAAUGAGGAGACACAGUUAAUAGUCGGCACAUGUGUUGAAAAGUUUGCAGUGCUGGUCUAUAAAAGCUCUGGGGCUGCUCAUUUAACAUAAAUGGCAGCCUCCUCCCUUAUCCUGGUCUUCUGGGAACUAGUUGCUCAUGCUUAAUAUCCAUACAGGCUUUAGCACAUGAUUUCCCUUACAUCUUACAGCCUCAUGGCUUCCGAGAUGUGCAGCCUCCAGCUGUCACUCAGAACGCAGAAGGGACUGAAAUGAACCCUCGGAAGCGGCCGCGGAGGGAGGAGGAGAAGCAGCAGCAAUUCCAAA